AUGAACUCUAGCCCUAUCGAUCAAACCAAAGAUUUCUUCGAUCUAAUUCCCGAGAAGAUCGUUGCAUGGAAUACGAUGCUCACAACAUAUGCCGACAAUGGGCAUCUGGAAAUGGCGAUUUCCAUGUUCGAUUCGAUGGGCCAUCAUGAUAUCGUGUCCUACACUGCCAUGGUCACUGCGUAUGGAUCGAGCGGCCAGAUAGAACACGCAAGAAUAGUGUUUGAUUCAUCACCCCAGAAAGACGUGGUUUUAUCAACUGCCAUGCUCGCAGCAUAUGCCCAUUUAGGGUUCUUGGCAGAAGCUAGCACAAUUUUCCAAUCUAUGCGAGAGCAUAAUCACGUGGAAUUCUAUGUUAGCUGCUCACGCAUUGAGCAGCACAAUCGAGAAAACGCAGUGGAUUUUCGAUUUGAUGCCGUCCCAGAUCGCGUCGUGCCCUGGAACACGAUGCUCGCGGCGCACGGAACCAGCUGCCAGGACCCCGAGAAUCUCCUGUGGGCCGCGAAUUUGCAAGGUGUGGCCCCGGAUGCCGUCUCCUUCGUCUCGAUUUUGGGGGCGUUUGGCCACACCGGGGACGUGGAUUCCGGCUGGAGCUACCUCGUGUCGAUGCGCAGCGAUUACUCGAUCCAGCCGGAGAAGCUCCACUUUGGGUGCAUGGUGGCGAGCUGGGAACUUCGAUUUCGCCCGAGAUCUCUCCUUGACAACAUGCCAUUCGUUCCAGGGAUCGAGCAAUUGAGCUGCCUGACACUGUUCUAG